CCCGCCCCGCAGGAGGAGCCGAGGCCGCCUUUCUGCCUGGGCCGCAGGCGUCGGGGGCUACGCCGGGGUACCGCGUUGGGUAAUCCGGGCGCGGGGCCGCGAGGCUGCCGGGGAUGGAAGAGGGCCGCGCAGAGAGGCGACGGAGGACGGAAGCGCCUUCGUGCACGCAGGGCAGCGCGCGGAGAGCGGGCAUCAUGACCGACGUCCACCGGCGGUUCCUCCAGCUGCUGAUGACUCAUGGGGUGCUGGAGGAGCGGGGCGUGAGACGCCUGCAGAAGCACUGCUAUCGGGUCCAUGGCCGCACUGCCGCCGUGGAGGAGCUGGAGGACUUCAUCAACAACAUUAACAGCGUCUUGGAGUCGUUGUAUAUUGAGAUUAAGAAAGGGGCCACGGAGGACGACGGGAGACCCGUUUACGCGCUGGUGAAUCUUGCAACGACUCCGGUUUCCAAAAUGGCCUCGGAUUUUGCAGAGAACGAGCUGGAUCUGUUUAGAAAGGCUUUGGAACUGAUUAUUGAUUCGGAGACUGGCUUUGCGUCCUCCACAAAUAUUUUGAACCUGGUCGAUCAACUUAAAGGCAAGAAGAUGAGGAAGAAGGAAGCAGAGCAGGUGCUGCAGAAGUUUGUACAAAACAAAUGGCUGAUCGAGAAAGAAGGGGAGUUCACGCUGCACAGCCGGGCCAUCCUCGAGAUGGAGCAGUACAUCCGGGAGACGUACCCCGACGCCGUGAAGACCUGCAACAUCUGCCACGGCCUCCUCAUCCAGGGGCAAAGCUGCGAGACCUGCGGCAUCAGGAUGCACCUGCCGUGCGUCGCCAAGUAUUUCCAGUCCGCCCCGGAGCCGCGCUGCCCCCACUGUAACGACUACUGGCCCCACGAGAUACCAGAAGUCUUCAACCCCGACAAGGAGCAGGAGGCCGGGACCUCCAAGGCGAACAAAAAGCCCUCGCGGUCCAGGCAGCACUAGCUGGCGGGCCCUGUUCGGAAGAGAAGCGUCAGCGUCUCCCGUCCCACCGAGUCCCCUUGCUGCUUUGUGUUCGCUCGCUCGUUAGCAGGUCUGGAAUAAAAGUUGCUAAGGAGUCGUG